ACGAGUGGAUGCUCUAUAUAAGCCAUUCGACCUCGUUCUAGGGUUAGGGUUCGUAUCUGAGCUACCUGAUACGAGAGAGAGGAAGAGAGAAAGAGACGCGAUGGAGCAGAGCUUUAUCAUGAUCAAGCCCGAUGGUGUUCAAAGAGGCCUGGUUGGCGAGAUUAUCAGCAGAUUUGAGAAGAAGGGCUUCUCUCUUAAAGGUUUGAAGCUGAUAAGCGUAGAACGUCCGUUCGCCGAGAAGCACUACGAAGAUCUGUCUUCGAAGCCAUUCUUCUCCGGCCUUGUCGAUUACAUCAUCUCCGGCCCGGUGGUUGCGAUGGUUUGGGAAGGUAAGAAUGUCGUCACGACUGGCCGGAAGAUCAUCGGGGCGACCAACCCUUCUGAUUCUGCCCCUGGUACCAUCCGUGGCGAUUUUGCAGUCGAUAUCGGCAGGAAUGUCAUCCAUGGGAGCGAUUCUGUUGAGAGUGCAAGGAAAGAGAUUGCUUUGUGGUUCCCCGAUGGCACUGUCACCUGGCAGAGCUGCCUCCACUCUUGGGUCUAUGAGUAAAUUAACUGGCUGUUGCUGCUGCUCCUGUUGCUGCUGCCUGAUUUAUGUUUCCCGUAUUUGCCUAGUUUUCUGCCUGAACCUAAAUUUUGACUUAUGUCUCUGUGCCCUCUCUGAGAGGACUGUUGCACUUUCCUUUAUAUUCUAGAUGGCCCUGGCUUGGUGGUUAUUAAA